AUGAAGCAAAUGCCCCACUAUUCUAAAUUUUUGAAAGACCUUUUAAGUGGGAGAAGGGAGUGUGAGACGGUGAGUUUGACCGCCAAUUGUAGUGCAAUUCUUUCCAACAAAAUUCCUACCAAAUUGAAAGAUCCGGGUAACUUUUCCAUCCCUUGUUUUAUCAAUGGCAUUGAAUUUGAUAAAGCCUUGUGUGAUUUAGGAGCAAGUGUGAGUCUCAUGCCCUAUUCCGUCUACCAAAAGCUUAGUGUAGGAACCCUCUCCCCCACUAACAUUACUCUCCAACUAGCGGACCGUUCUGUUAAGUUCCCCAUGGGAAAAGUUGAGGACAUUCCCCUUAGGGUAGGAAAGUUCACAUUCCCCGUGGAUUUCUAUGUGCUAGAAAUGGAUGAGGAUGAGAGGAUUCCUAUAAUUUUGGGUAGACCAUUUCUAGCUACUUCUAGAGCUAUCAUCGAUGUGAAGGAGGGAAAGAUAUCCUUGAAUAUUGACAAUGAUUUUAUUGAGUUUGAUUUGAAUAAUGUCAUGCAACAACCCUCCUCAAGUGGUGAAUGCUUUAGGGUAUAUGUUCUUGAUACCGUUCUUAAUGAAUUUUCUCGCUCCCACUUGCAUGCUACUAAUGAUCCUCUUGAAAAUGUGUUGUUAAAUGAAUCAAAGAUAGGUACUCACAAAGAAGACAUACAAUUCUAUGAGGAUUUGCUUGAGGAAAGCAAGAAGGAGUGCAAGGAUGCGAGCAUGGAAGAAGAGGCUCCUUACAUUCAUGACCUCUUUCAAGUUGAAGAAAGAGAAGAGAGCCCCAAUGGUAAGGGAUCACCAAAGGUAGACUUGAAACCUCUACCUUUGUGCUUGAGGUAUGCAUUUCUUGGUCCCGAUGAGUCUUUCCCCGUGUUUGUAAAUUCUAACCUAACGGAGGAGCAAACCUCCCUCUUGAUCAAUUUUUUGAGAAAACACAAGAAAGCUUUGGGUUAUACCAUUGAUGAUAUCAAAGGUAUUAGUCCAUCUUUAUGUAUGCACAAAAUUGAUCUAGAGGGAGAUGCCAAACCCGUUAGGCAAAGGCAAAGAAAGCUUAACCCUUCCAUGCAAGAGGUUGUGCGGAAGGAAGUGGCUUAG